CCUGCAGCGAGAGGCACCGGCGGCGCGAGGGGACGGCCGGCCGCCGGUGAGGCUCGGCCCCACUACUUUUCCGUAGCCUCCCUGCCUCAGCAGCACGGCCGCCGCCGCCAACACGGCCUCGGCCACGGCCACGGGCGCCGCUGAGCGCCGCGCACGCCCGCACUCACUCCCGCCACCCCACGCACACGCACACCCCCCGCCCUCCCCACACCCCCCACCCGGGAGGGGGAAGAGAGGCAAAAAGUAAGAGAGGAAAAAAAAUAGCAGGAAGAUGGCGCCCACCAAGCCCAGCUUUCAGCAGGAUCCUUCCAGGCGAGAACGUUUACAAGCAUUGAGAAAAGAGAAAUCCCGAGAUGCUGCUCGCUCCCGCAGGGGAAAAGAAAAUUUUGAGUUCUAUGAAUUGGCCAAGUUGUUGCCUCUUCCUGCAGCCAUCACGAGCCAGCUUGACAAGGCGUCCAUCAUUCGACUUACCAUUAGCUAUCUGAAAAUGAGGGACUUUGCUAACCAGGGGGACCCUCCAUGGAACUUGCGAAUGGAAGGCCCUCCACCAAACACAUCAGUAAAAGUUAUAGGUGCACAACGAAGGAGAAGCCCCAGUGCACUGGCCAUUGAAGUAUUUGAAGCACAUUUGGGAAGUCACAUUUUGCAGUCCCUGGACGGCUUUGUAUUUGCACUAAAUCAAGAAGGAAAAUUUUUGUACAUUUCCGAAACAGUCUCCAUCUACCUAGGCCUCUCACAAGUGGAGCUGACAGGCAGCAGCGUCUUUGACUAUGUCCACCCUGGGGACCACGUGGAGAUGGCAGAGCAGCUGGGCAUGAAGCUCCCACCUGGGCGGGGUCUCCUCUCGCAGGGUACCACUGAGGAUGGAGCCAGCUCAGCAUCUUCCUCUUCCCAGUCAGAGACCCCUGAGCCAGUGGAGUCAACCAGCCCCAGUGUGCUAACCACUGACAACACCCUUGAGCGUUCCUUUUUCAUCCGAAUGAAAUCUACUCUGACCAAACGGGGUGUGCACAUCAAAUCAUCAGGAUACAAGGUGAUUCACAUAACAGGCCGGCUACGACUGAGGGUGUCGCUGUCCCAUGGAAGGACCGUCCCCAGCCAAAUCAUGGGGCUCGUGGUUGUGGCGCAUGCCUUGCCUCCCCCUACAAUCAAUGAAGUCAGAAUCGACUGCCAUAUGUUCGUCACUCGAGUAAAUAUGGACCUCAAUAUCAUUUACUGUGAAAAUAGGAUCAGUGAUUAUAUGGAUCUGACCCCUGUAGACAUUGUGGGGAAGAGAUGCUACCACUUCAUCCACGCUGAGGACGUCGAGGGCAUCAGGCACAGCCACUUGGACUUGCUGAAUAAGGGCCAGUGUGUGACGAAGUACUACCGCUGGAUGCAGAAGAAUGGAGGCUAUAUCUGGAUACAGUCUAGCGCCACUAUAGCUAUUAAUGCCAAGAAUGCAAAUGAGAAGAACAUCAUCUGGGUGAAUUAUCUUCUUAGUAACCCCGAGUACAAGGACACGCCUAUGGACAUCGCACAGCUGCCCCAUCUGCCAGAGAAAACUUCGGAAUCCUCAGAGACAUCUGACUCUGAAUCAGACUCUAAAGACACCUCAGAGGACAACGAGAACUCCAAGUCGGACGAGAAGGGGAACCAGUCUGAGAACAGCGAAGACCCAGAGCCUGACCGGAAAAAGUCGGGCAACACGUGCGACCAGGACAUGAACUGCAAUGACCAAGGCCACAGCUCCAGCAAUCCUGACAGCCGCGACAGCGACGACAGCUUCGAGCACUCGGACUUUGAGAAUCCCAAGGCGGGCGAGGACGGCUUCGGGGCCCUGGGCCCCAUGCAGAUCAAGGUGGAGCGCUACGUGGAGAGCGAGUCGGACUUGCGGCUGCAGAACUGCGAGUCGCUCACGUCGGACAGCGCCAAGGACUCGGACAGCGCGGGCGAGGCUGGCGCGCAGGCCCCCGGCAAGCACCAGAAGCGCAAAAAGAGGCGGAAACGGCAGAAGGGGGGCAGUGCCAGCCGAAGGCGCCUGUCCAGCGCCUCGAGCCCCGGCGGCCUGGACGCGGGCCUGGUGGAACCCCCGCGGCUGCUGUCCUCCCCCAACAGUGCCUCGGUGCUCAAGAUCAAGACGGAGAUCUCGGAACCCAUCAACUUCGACAACGACAGCAGCAUCUGGAACUACCCACCCAACCGGGAGAUCUCCAGGAACGAGUCCCCCUACAGCAUGACCAAGCCCCCCAACUCCGAGCACUUCCCAUCCCCGCAGGGCGGCGGAGGCAGCGGGGGCCUGCACGUGGCCAUCCCUGACUCGGUCCUCACCCCACCAGGCACCGACGGUGCAGCCGCCCGCAAGACUCAGUUCAGCGCCUCAGCCACGUCAGCUUUGGCUCCCGUCGCCUCCGACCCUCUGUCACCCCCGCUCUCGGCGUCCCCGCGGGACAAGCACCCCGGGGGCGGCAGCGGGGGUGGCGGGAGUGGUCCCAGCACAUCCAACUCCUUGCUGUACACGGGGGACCUGGAGGCACUGCAGAGGUUGCAGGCGGGCAACGUAGUGCUCCCGCUGGUGCACAGGGUGACCGGGACCCUGGCGGCCACCAGCACGGCUGCUCAAAGGGUCUACACCACGGGCACCAUCCGCUAUGCGCCCGCCGAGGUGACCCUGGCCAUGCAGGGCAACCUGCUGCCCAACGCGCACGCUGUUAACUUCGUGGACGUUAACAGCCCCGGCUUCGGCCUUGACCCCAAGACGCCCAUGGAGAUGCUCUACCACCACGUGCACCGGCUCAACAUGUCGGGACCUUUCGGCAGCGCAGUGAGCGCGGCCAGCCUGACGCAAAUGCCCGCGGGCAACGUGUUCACCACCGCCGAGGGACUCUUCUCCACGCUGCCCUUCCCCGUCUACAGCAACGGCAUCCACGCGGCACAGACUCUGGAGCGCAAGGACGACUGAGGUGCGCGCCCAGUGUGGGCGUUGCGCUGGGAGGCAUCGUCGGCGUUUUUCGU